GUUCUUAUCCUUAAGGGUCUCAAGCAGGAGGUCAGUUUCCUCUGCCCCUCUCCAGAUGGUUUGCACUUGGCUGUUGGGUAUGAAGAUGGAUCAAUUCGUAUCUUCAGCCUCCUAAGCGGAGAAGCAGAUAUCACCUUCAAUGGACACAAGGCUGCAGUGACAGCCCUGCAGUAUGACCAUCUGGGUGGCCGGCUGGUGUCUGGCUCAAAGGAUACAGAUGUCAUCAUGUGGGAUGUCAUCAAUGAGAGUGGUCUGUACCGGCUGAAAGGACACAAGGAUGCUGUCACUCAAGUCCUUUUUGUGAAGGAGAAGAACCUGCUGGUCACCAGUGGCAAAGACACGUUGGUGAAGUGGUGGGAUCUGGACACUCAGCACUGCUUCAAAACUCUGGUUGGACAUCGUUCUGAGGUUUGGGGGAUGUCUUUGAUAUCCGAAGAGAAGCGUUUGAUCACUGGGAGUGCUGACAGUGAGCUGAGGGUGUGGGAUAUCACGUACAUCCAGGAGGUGAAAGACCCUGAUGAGCCGGAAUCCAAGAAAAGCAAAGGAUCUUCACUUGUAGCAGAAGAAAACACUGAAGAAGAUGAGACCCUGGAAUUGGAUGAGCAUCCUGAGGAA